GAGGGCAGGCGGGCAGGGCGCAGGGCCGUCUGUGCGCUGGGCUGUGGCCCGGUUUUGUGCCGGGUUGCCCCGGCUGUUCCGUGCUGGGUGAGGCGGGGGUUGGCCGGGCACGGCCUGUGUGUGCGCCGGCUGCGAGGAGAGCCCCGCGAGGCUCCCGAGGAGCAGCACCGCGCUGCACGGAUUCCUUAAUAAAGGGCUUUUUACACUUCUGCCAUGAACCGUGCUUAAUUACGGUGCGUUUUGCAUGCUUCUCGGCUGGGGCACGUGUGCUGGGCCCUGCGAGGCGGUGCUGCUCCCUCGCACAGCUCCUACAAGCAGGCCGUGCUGCCGGGUGCGGUGCCGAGCCCUUUCCGUGCUCCACAUCCUUGCAGAUCCAGCAACGCGUCCCGUUGGCAGCCUGAAGGCCGGCCGUGCUCGCACAGCCCCGCCGCAGAGCCCUGCGCUGCACCCUGCCGGGCGAUGCUCACCGCCCACCCGCAGCUCCCGUAACUCCAGCCCCGCUCCCGGGAGUGCCGGCACCACCUCAGCGUGUGCUCCGCAUGACUCAGGACGCUUCCCUUCAUUUUGUGCGUUUGUCUUCCUCCUGACGUCAGCAGGUGUAGCUCUGUGGGCAGGGAUGCGGCGUUCCCCCGCCGAGCCUGUGUUUAAAUGGAACGGAUCCGGCUGCUGGCAGAAAGGAGCACAGUGCAGCCUGAGGAAGGAGGCCCAGCCGCUGCCCAUGAAGCCCUACAGACACCCGCAGCUGCAGCCGUGCCGUGCUGCAGGAAGGGCCAUCCUGCCCAUCCCCACUGCGAGGACAGCUGCCUCUCGGAAGAGAGGAAAUGUAAGGACUGCAUUCAUGACCCGGCCAUAGGAAAGCCAAGCCCUAUGAACAAAAGCUUCUGAGAGUAAAA